CUCUCUCUCUCUCUCUCUCUCUCCAUUUCUAAGUUUCAAAGAUCUAGAGGGGAAAAAAUGGCAACAAUUGAUGAGCCUUUAUACCCAAUUGCGGUUCUAAUCGAUGAGCUCAAAAACGAGGACAUUCAGCUUCGAUUGAACUCGAUUCGUAGGCUUUCUACAAUUGCUCGUGCACUUGGAGAGGAGAGGACGAGAAAGGAAUUGAUUCCUUUCUUAAGUGAAAACAAUGAUGAUGAUGAUGAAGUGCUUCUUGCAAUGGCGGAAGAAUUGGGGGUUUUUAUUCCUUAUGUUGGUGGUGUAGAGUUUGCUAAUGUAUUGCUUCCACCGCUUGAGACUUUGUGCACUGUUGAAGAAACUUGUGUGAGAGAUAAAGCUGUUGAAUCAUUGUAUAGAAUUGGGGCUCAGAUGAGGGAACAGGAUGUGGUUGAGUAUUUUAUACCGCUUGUCAAGAGACUGGCUGCUGGUGAAUGGUUUACAGCUCGAGUUUCUUCUUGUGGAUUGUUUCAUAUAGCAUACCCAAGUGCUCCCGAGACUUUGAAGACUGAACUACGAACAAUGUACAGUCAGCUAUGUCAAGAUGACAUGCCUAUGGUUCGAAGAUCAGCUGCUACAAACUUAGGAAAGUUUGCUGCUACUGUUGAGCCUCCACAUUUAAAGACUGACAUCAUGACAAUAUUUGAGGAUUUGACACAAGAUGAUCAAGAUUCUGUCCGAUUAUUGGCUGUUGAGGGUUGUGCGGCGCUCGGGAAGUUGCUGGAAUCCCAAGAUUGUGUGGCACAUAUUCUUCCUGUCAUAGUUAAUUUCUCACAGGAUAAAUCUUGGCGUGUUCGUUACAUGGUUGCUAACCAAUUAUAUGAGCUAUGUGAAGCUGUUGGUCCUGAGCCUACCAGGUCCGAUCUAGUUCCUGCAUAUGUUCGGCUACUUUGUGAUAAUGAAGCUGAAGUGCGUAUUGCCGCUGCUGGCAAAGUAACUAAAUUUUGCCGGAUUUUGAGUCCAGAACUUGCAAUCCAACGUAUCCUUCCUUGUGUGAAGGAAUUGUCCACAGAUUCAUCCCAACAUGUUCGUUCUGCUUUAGCUUCUGUGAUAAUGGGAAUGGCACCAGUUUUGGGAAAAGAUGCAACAAUAGAGCAACUGCUGCCCAUUUUUCUCUCUCUUUUGAAAGAUGAAUUUCCUGAUGUUCGCCUCAAUAUUAUUAGCAAGCUUGACCAAGUCAAUCAGGUAAUUGGCAUUGAUUUGCUCUCCCAGUCGCUGUUGCCAGCAAUUGUUGAGCUUGCAGAGGAUAGACACUGGAGGGUCCGACUUGCAAUAAUAGAGUACAUACCUUUAUUGGCCAGUCAGUUGGGUGUAGGAUUUUUUGAUGAUAAGCUUGGUGCUCUUUGCAUGCAGUGGUUAAAAGAUAAGGUUUACUCAAUUCGUGAUGCAGCUGCCAAUAAUGUGAAGCGCCUUGCAGAAGAAUUUGGUCCUGAUUGGGCAAUGCAGCACAUUGUUCCUCAGGUUUUGGACAUGAUUAACAAUCCACACUAUCUGUAUCGAAUGACCAUCCUUCAUGCAGUUUCUCUUCUUGCUCCUGUUAUGGGCUCAGAAAUUACCUGUUCAACUCUUCUUCCUGUUGUCGUCAAUGCAUCAAAAGAUAGGGUACCUAACAUCAAAUUCAAUGUGGCCAAGGUGUUGCAGUCACUUGUUCCUAUAGUUGAUCAGUCUGUAGUGGAGAAGACGAUUCGUCCAUGUUUGGUUGAGCUAAGCGAGGACCCAGACGUUGAUGUCAGAUUCUUUGCUACCCAAGCACUGCAGUCAAGUGAUCAGGUCAUGAUGUCUACCUAGAUUGAAUGUUGUAAUUAGGAAUUCUUUUCCAUAUUCCCAUUUUUCACCUUUUCCCAAUUCAGUUGAAUCAUCUUACUGAUAUAUAUGUAAUAUCUGACAUGAGGUGCUAAGGUUUCUUUCUGAGACGAUCUUUUCCCUUAGACACUGCCUAUUUUUGUAGAAAGUUUCUUCAAACAUAUCACCAGUUAGCUUGUAUUCUGUCAUGCUAAUGCCAUUUCAUGUUUUUCAAUCUUGCUAUUAACAAGUUGGAUUCCUGGGAGGAAUUAGAAUUUU